AGAACAGGUUCAGAGAUUUCAUUAGUAAUCAAUGAAUUUCUAAGUGACUUAAUCAAUCAGGAGAAAAAUUUUUUUCAUUAUUUAUUUCAACUUGAAUGUUAGCAAUGCUCAAUGCGUCAGUAUUUUUUUUAAUGACAUGUGACAGGUUCAAGGUGGAAGGAAGCGAUUACUUUUCGUGAUAAGGCAAUACAUUUUGAAAAGCAAGAGACAUCAGUCCAGUUAUUGGAAGUUUCCGUUAACAACUUGAUUCCCUUCGACUAUGAACAGUUCUUCCAGAAUUUUUUUCGUGGGACAGGUCCUGCUGGGGCUGUUGAUGGGCGGACCGACCGGAUGCGAUGGACAGAGGGUCAAUCCACCAGGGACAGAACAAUCGUCGGGAGCGAAGUCAACAGAAAAAUAUUCGAGAGUUCUGGAGUUGAAUCAGUUUAUCGUGAGCUCCAAGAGAGAUGAGGAUUUAAUUGUAGGGGAUGGCUACUGCGACGAGUACCCGUGCACCUUCGAGUGGCAGAAUGACUUCACUGAUGACGAUGACGUGAUGAUUUCGUACGAGAUAAACAUCACAGGGUACGUGAUAGGAGGUAAUAGGGGGAAUCCUUCAGGAUUCUGCGAAACCAGUCACCAGCCUUAUGAUUCCACUGACAAUAUUGUUUGGAGGGCUGUCUCAUCAGUGGUAGCUGACGGCAUCGAAGCCUGUCCCAUAUCAGCAGGUGGGUACAAUUUUACUGCACCUAAUAAACAACUCGUGUAUUACUCGGAUGAGCCUCUUCCCUGCAACAACGUGGCGAUACACUUCGACAUGUUCCACAGGGGACGGAAAAGAAAAAUGGCAACAGGCCAGCUUUUUUAUAAUUCACCUCGUGGGACAUAUGAACCCACGUGCCCUGAUUUUUAUAAAAAAUAGAAUACGCGAACUUCAUCAUCAGAUCGCAGAACCCAAAAUCUGAACUGGAAUGCUACCCUUAUUA